AUGUGUUGGCAGCCAGUAACAGACUACAUAGACAGUAAAUAUGAAGAAUACCUGAAUGCGGAGUCCAGGGUGAAUAGAAAAACCAUGCCUGAUAACAGAGUGCACUGCUGUCUGUAUUUUAUAACCCCAUCAGGACAUGGCUUGAAGCCAUUAGAUGUUGAAUUCAUGAAACGCCUCCACGAUAAAGUAAACAUCAUUCCAAUGAUUGCCAAGGCUGACACAAUGACUCCAGAUGAAUGUAGAGAGUUCAAGAAAACAAUCCUGAAUGAAAUUGCUCAGCACAAGAUCAAAAUUUACGAGUUCCCAGAAUGUGACGAUGAGGAAGAAAAUAAGUUGCAGAAAAAACUCAAGGAUCGAGUUCCAUUUGCAGUUGUGGGCAGCAAUACAUUGGUAAGCGUAGGAGGGAAAACGGUGCGAGCAAGGCAGUACCCAUGGGGUAUUGUGGAAGUGGAGAACUUGGAACACAAUGACUUCCUGGCCCUGAGAAAUAUGUUGGUCAGGACACAUCUCCAUGACUUGAAGGAUGUCACAAACAAUGUUCAUUACGAAAAUUAUCGCUAUAACAAACUGGCUUCCGUGGCAACCAAGGGCAAAGAGAAGGCUGUUGGAUCAAAGGAAGGAGGUGAAGCCCAGAAUGGUGAAGGUGCCGAGGAGGGGACCAAGUGGGACGUAGACCCAAUCACACAGAUGGAGGAAGAGAAGAAAGAACACGAGACGAAGAUGAAGAAGAUGGAGGCCGAGAUGGAGCAGGUGUUUGAGAUGAAAGUCAAAGAAAAGAAACAGAAGCUGAAGGAUUCAGAGGCAGACCUGCAAAGGAGAGCUGAACAAAUGAAGAAAAGUCUGGAACAGCAGGAGAAAGAGAUAGAGGAAAGAAGAAAACAGUUUGAAAAAGAAAAAGGCGAAUGGGAGGAAGUGAUAAGACAAGAAGAAGCAAGGCGAAGAUCACUCGAGAAUUCUAAGGAAACCAUAGACAAGAAAAAAGACCACAAGAAGAAGUCUAUCUUCUAAACUUUGUAUUCUCUAGAGGAGAUAAGUAAGGUGCAGAGGAAAGGCUGUGGCACGGAAUGAUUAGCCAUUAUUUUCAAGGCCGUUUGAAGGUCAUGCUCAUUCAAGAUCAUUUGAAGGUCACUGACAAGAACAUGUGAAUUUCAUUUCUUUGCCACGGAAAUUUUCUCAGUGACACUGUAGGUCAUAGUUAUAAUCUAUUGUGUUGUCAUCUGGUGGUCAUCUUCAACAAAACAUCCGAUUAUGAGGUCUUUUAUGGACCAUAUAACCUGAUUUGGUACAGCUGACUGCCAUUUAGAGAUACUUUAAAAGUCAUUGUCAUUAUUAAAAUCCUGUUAUUUUCUCCACAGUAUAAGAUUAAUUGAAAAUGAAGAGAUAUUGGAUUUAUAGUUGAUGUGAUUGUAUAAGACCGGUGUAUAUUUGCUACAUAUUCUAAUGUAUGUGUAUAUAUGCCAUGUUCAUAUACAUUGCUCUGUGAGAGACAAGGCUGUGGGCACUUCUUCCUUUGAUUUAUAAACAGUGAUAAAUGUCUGUGCUUUAUUUGUGUACUGUGUAUUUCACAAAGAUAAAAUUAUGAUCAUCGGAAGAAAAUAAAAAUGACUCACUUGUCUAAGUCUGGGCUGUCAAAAAUUGUUGUAAAGUGAACCUUGUUGAUUUCCCCAUUAUGUAGCCAAUAGACCCCUUGCCACAGCCAGCCCUCUGUUUGCCUUAGAGAAGUUUUAACUACGUAUAGACUGUUGCUUCAGCAAUGUCCAUUCAACUUCCAUGAACAGUGGUUUAGAAAUGGCAGACCUGCUUUUAUUAUCGAUCUGCUGUUAUAUAGUAAUCAUAAGUGCUCAGGAAAUAACUGAAAUUUAUUGAAUAUUUACAGCUUUUAUUAUGUAUAUUGCCUGACCCAUUGUUCAUGAUCUGUCAAAUAGUUCACUUUGGGGUAUUCUGAGAUGUUCUUUAUUCUGAAAAAAUUUGCCAGGAAAGAAGUGGAAAUGACAUUUUUGUAAAAAAAGAAAAUUUGUGUCUGGUACAAUGAAGGAUGUUAUACUAUGUUGUAUAAAACUGUAAUAAAACUGUAUAGCACGUGUGUCAAAUUUUAUGCAGAAACAAACAAAAAAC